GGAUUCUGGUGGUCAUCAAAAUAUAACGCAGACCUAUGGAUUAGCUACCAUACAAGGUAAUGUCAGCGUCAUGCUUUCUUACCAUGGAGACUUAACGCUUAGCCGUUUGAUUCAAAAGUAUCGCAAUGCAUUACCAUUGCGUAUAGCAAAAUAUACAAUACCCCAAAUAUUUUCUGCUGUCGACUUUCUCCAUUCAAAGUUGGUUAUACACAAUAUGCUGACGACAGAAAAUAUUUGGAUGGAAUCGUCUGCGUCAGGUUUUAAACCCAUUUUAGGUGACUUUUCAAAAGCCUGUCGAGAAUGCACAGCAAAAAAACUUACUCAAUCACAACAGAAGAACAUGAUAUUCUCCCAUUUUCCCCCUGAAGUUCUUAAAGGUUAUUGCAAGCCAAGCAUCUUUUCAGAUGCCUAUGCUCUUGGCAAACUUUUGAGCGAGGUUUUUCCAAAGUUGGACAAAACUGAUGAAACAGAAAGGGCACUAUUAAAACUCCAGACCAUGCUUCUGUCAGAUAAUCCAGGUGAAAGACUCAUCAUGGAUUUUCAAUCACAUUUGGAAGUGUGUUUUGUAAAUGACUGCUAUUAAAUGUGACUUCGGUGUAACCUUUCUGAGCACCCAAUUGAACAAAAGAAAUCUUAUUUAUGAAGCAAUUAACCUAUCGUUUAUUUUGUACUGUAUCUAAUACGAAUUAUACUUGAAAUGUUACAGAAAAGCUGCAAGUGAGAUUAACAUACUGGCUACUUAGAUAUAAUGUGUAUACUUUGUAACAAAAUUGAUGUACACUCCCCUCCAUAAGUUUGGCAAACUUUGCCCCCCCCCCUAUUGAACUACGUGUUACCUUUGCAUUUCUGUUUACUUAACUUGCG